CUGAGUAUCAGUUCCUUCAGGAACCUGAGUUUGAGCGAAGUAAGGAGGAGAAAAUAAGGAACAGGAACAGUUUAAUUCCGUUCUCAGAAGAAAGUUAAUUAAUCACAAAGAGUUUUAGUGAAAAGAGAAAAUUAAAGUGGAAUAAAGAAAUUGUGUGGCUUUUCCUAUAAAUUGAAGAAAAUUUCUUGGACACAAAAGUGGAAGUCAGUGGAGUGAAAGACCAGUCAUUUUAAUUCUCAAGAUUAAUCUAAAAAUACACAAUUAAUCAUGCCCGAAUUCGUGGAAAAACCAGCUGACUCAGCAUCUGGUGUCGCCGGCAACCGAACAAAGGACUCAAAUCUAGGAUUAUCCCACCACAUCCGAGGAGUCCCAAUAGUGAAUGGCGAUGCGACCAGUCUAACACCAAAAGUCCGGACAUUCGUUGAAGAAUCUGUUGCUUUGUGCCUUCCUGAAAGCAUUCACAUCUGCGAUGGCAGCGAUCGGGAAAACAAAGCAUUGCAGAAACUCCUUCUGGAGCAAGGAACUAUCAAACCACUUCCCAAAUAUGAAAAUUGUUUCUUGUCCACCACCAAUCCGGCUGAUGUUGCAAGAGUUGAAUCGAAAACUUUCAUCUGUACUGAUCAUAAAGAAGAAGCCAUUCCUACCCCCAAGGAGGGAGUCAAGGGUGUCCUAGGAAACUGGAUUUCACCAGCUGACAUGCAAAAGGCUAUUGACGAAAGAUUCCCAGGAUGUAUGAAAGGAAGGACUAUGUAUGUUGUUCCGUUCUCCAUGGGACCGGUUGGAUCACCACUUUCCAAGAUAGGCAUUGAAGUGACCGAUUCUGCAUACGUCGUUGCCUCAAUGAGAAUCAUGACACGCAUGGGACAAGCUGUCCUUGACGAAUUGAAGAAACAUGAGGAAUUUGUACGCUGCAUGCAUUCAGUAGGAACUCCAGCAAACGGUGUGAUUGAAAUCCCAUCAUGGCCUUGUGACCCGGAAAGGACGAUCAUCCUACACAAACCAGCUGAGAAUCUUAUCGUAUCCUACGGUUCAGGAUAUGGUGGAAAUUCUCUCCUAGGAAAGAAAUGCUUCGCCUUGAGAAUCGGUUGCACUAUUGCAAAAAGAGAAGGAUGGUUGGCUGAACACAUGUUGAUUUUGGGUAUCACAAACCCACAAGGCGUAAAACGAUACAUCACUGCCGCUUUCCCAUCUGCCUGCGGUAAAACCAAUCUUGCUAUGCUGACACCAUCGUUACCCGGCUACAAAGUAGAAUGCGUUGGAGAUGACAUUGCCUGGAUGAAAUUCGAUAAAAACGGAGUGUUGCGUGCCAUCAAUCCUGAAAACGGUUUCUUCGGUGUUGCUCCUGGAACUUGUGAAGUGACGAAUCCUAACGCAAUGGCAACGAUCUUCAAAAAUACUAUCUUCACCAACGUUGCAACUACUUCCGAUGGAGGUGUCUUCUGGGAAGGUAUGGAGAAGAGUUUGGCUCCUGGUAUCAAAGUCACUGACUGGUUGGGCAAACCAUGGGAACUAGGAGUCACUAAAACUCCAGCAGCUCAUCCCAACUCUCGCUUCUGCACACCAGCAUAUCAAUGUCCCAUUAUUGAUCCAGCUUGGGAAGAUAGAGAAGGAGUACCAAUCAGUGCAAUUCUAUUCGGAGGUCGUCGCCCUGCUGGAGUCCCAUUGAUCUACGAAGCAAACUCAUGGUCCCAUGGGGUGUUUAUUGGAGCAGGUAUGCGCAGUGAAGCAACAGCCGCUGCUGAAUUCAAAGGAAAAGUGAUCAUGCACGACCCCUUCGCAAUGCGUCCAUUCUUUGGCUACAAUUUUGGAAACUACUUGAAACAUUGGUUGAGUAUGGAGCAACAUGGAAAGGUGCCAAAAAUCUUCCACGUCAACUGGUUCCGUAAGAGCCCCGAGGGUAAAUUCUUGUGGCCUGGAUUUGGUGAAAAUACUCGUGUUUUGGAAUGGGUCUUGAAGCGUAUUGAUGACGAACCUUGCUUCAAGGAAACAGCUAUUGGACGAAUUCCAUCAAAGGAUGGAUUGAAUUUAGAAGGCAUGGCUGACAAGAUUGACUACGAUGGACUGUUCUCCUUGCCGAAAGAUUUCUGGCAAGAAGAAGUGGAGGAGAUCCGCAACUACUUCCAUGACCAAGUUGGUUCUGAUCUACCCAAGGAGAUUGAAGAUGAAUUGGAGAAGUUGAAAGCCAGGGUUGAAGCAAUGUAAAUUUUAAAACUCCUUUUGUCUUUGUUCCUAACUUAUUAUCCCGAAGCAACUAGAGUGUGAAUGUUCGAAAUUCAGUAACAUAAUUAUCAUUUAUAUAAGGUUCUUUGUGCCAUGUAAAUAUGCAGUUAUCGCCCUUAUAGGGUAUAUAAUCCUAGACUAAGAUAAUAUCGUGAUAAUUGGUGAUUUUAUAAUAUAUUUUUUACGAUUUUAAAAAAUAUUUUCCAAAGAGUCAAAUAAAAUGAAAUGAAUCU